AUGUGGUGUCGACCAAACCGUAGCGAAAUACUGGAAUUUUUUCUACCUCAGCCUCAAUGGACUGAAAAUAACACGAAAAAAACUCGUGUUUCUCUCGUCCGGUGGGCAAAAACUACUAUUCCUCCUGGCCAGUUUUGCUUGAAAGAUGAGCUUCCAUCUGAACGCUUGUACGUUGCUUGCGAAGUAUCGGCGAAAACAUUUCGGACCAACUGUGACCGAGCAAAGGAGUUUUGUAAAAAUAAUGGUGUAUGUACAGCAGCGACGCACGAAGAUGCAGCACUAUGCGAUUGUACGGAAACGCCAUACAGCGGUGCUCGUUGUAUGGACAAAUGCGGUGAAUUACCGUCGCACUGUGAGACAUUGAAUGAUUUUCAAAUGAAUACCACAAAAUAUCCGUUAGGUCUCAACGGUGGCAAUUGUACAGAACUAGGCAUGUAGGAAGGCUGUUUAAAUUCGGACAAACCUUGUCAAAAUACAGGAUCAUGCGUCAAUAAUGAAUGCGUUUGUAAUUCAUUGACAACUGGGAGUUUUUGUGAAAGAACUAUUGCAAAAACUCCAGCAAAUAGUCCGAAGAAAUCGACUACAAUCGGUGUCAGAAUUUGGCUCAUUAUCGCCUUGUCAACAGUAGGUGCGAUACUUCUCGUAGGCUUGAUGUACAGUCGUCACAAAUUUUUAAAAUCACGUGUCGAACAAAGUAAUUCGACCGAACAUGAUGGCAAAUCAAUAUUGACUGGUAUGCAAACUACACAAGCCAAUGAUGAUGAGGCUGCUAGUGUAGCUUCAAGUCAACCCUCACUGCCCAAGAAAACUAAACAGCAUUUUCUUUCUGUGGAUGCAAUAUAUAGAUAA